AUGGACAGCUAUCAAACUCCCCUCUCCUCCCGAUAUGCAUCCAAGGAGAUGUCCAAACUCUUCUCUUCAGGUACCAGAUUCGGUACUUGGAGAAAGCUAUGGCUCAACCUAGCUAUCGCCGAGAAGGAACUCGGUCUCGCCAUUUCUGACAAAGCUAUCGAACAGAUGAAAGCCAAUUUAGACCUUGAUGAAGCUCAGAUGAAAGUUGCUGCCGAGGAAGAGAAGAAACGACGACACGAUGUCAUGGCUCAUGUCCACACUUUCGGUACUGUCGCUCCUGAGGCUGCCGGUAUCAUCCACUUGGGAGCUACUUCCUGUUACGUCACCGAUAACGCCGACCUGAUCUUCCUUCGAGAAGGACUCGACAUCCUCCUUCCCAAACUUGCCGUCGUCAUCUCUCGAUUCUCCUCCUUUGCUGAGAAAUACCGUGAUUUACCUACAUUGGGAUUCACUCAUUUCCAACCUGCUCAAUUGACCACCGUCGGUAAACGAGCGACCUUAUGGAUUCAAGAGUUAUUAUGGGACUUGAGAAAUUUGGAAAGAGCAAGAAACGAUUUAGGUUUUAGAGGUGUGAAAGGAACGACUGGUACUCAAGCUUCCUUUUUAACGCUUUUCAACGGUGAUCACGAUAAAGUAGAAGCAUUAGACAAAAGAGUGACGGAAUUGUUUGGUUUCCCAUAUGCUUAUCCCGUUACUGGUCAGACUUACUCUAGAAAGAUCGAUGCGGAUGUUUUGGGACCAUUGUCAAGUUUCGGUGCGACCGUUCAUAAGAUCGCUACUGAUAUCCGACUCCUUGCCAAUCUGAAGGAGAUUGAAGAACCUUUCGAAAAAGAUCAAAUCGGUUCAUCAGCUAUGGCUUACAAGCGAAACCCUAUGCGAUGUGAACGAGCAUGUUCUCUCGCCAGACACCUCAUGGCAAUCUACCAAAACACCUUGAUGACCUCUUCCGUUCAAUGGCUCGAGAGAACAUUAGAUGAUAGUGCCAACCGAAGAGUUACCAUCCCCGAAGCCUUCCUCACAGCUGAUAUCCUCCUUACGACCCUCCAAAAUAUCUCCGAAGGUUUGGUGGUCUAUCCUAAAGUAAUCGCACGAAGGAUCUCUCAAGAACUUCCAUUCAUGGCUACCGAAAAUGUCAUUAUGGCGAUUGUCAAAGCCGGUGGAGACAGACAAGAAUGCCACGAGAAGAUUAGAGUAUUAUCUCAUCAAGCUGGAUCAGUGGUCAAAGAACAAGGUGGAGAGAACGAUUUGAUCGACAGGAUCAAGAAAGAUGAUUACUUCCAACCUAUCUGGAACCAAUUGGAUGAUCUGUUAGAUCCUAACACGUUUGUUGGAAGAGCUCCAGAACAAGUGGAUGGAUUCGUAAAGGAUUGGGUCAAACCUGCUUUGGAGAAGUACCAGGAUCAGUUGAAGAACGUAAAACAGGCUGAAUUGUCUGUAUAA